GCCUCGGCCAACAAUCCGCUAGUGUCUCCUAACCACAGACCCUGUGGCCUGAGCCCCCACAAUGGCCGACAUCAAUAAUCACCCGGAUGAGCGGCAACACACCGUUGCUGCCCCGGAACCCUCGAGAUACCAGGGCGUCAUUCGUCGCGAUCUCUUUGAGCGGCUGGAGUGGCCUCUCUGGGAACCCAUCAGCUCCGUCCGAGUCCUCGACUUACCGCUUGGACCAGGUGGGACACCGGCAUGGGUGCCACUCUUCAACGGGGACACCUCUGAGGGUGUUCAUCCACUUGGACUGCAGCCCGCCACGAACCCGCCAUUGUCCCGGCUACGGGUCCAUCUUGAAACCAUCACAUACCACGACUGGUGGCAGGACGCCGAAAUGCUGGACCAUAUCCCAAAGCCCCUGGUGAUGGAGAACACUCCUGACCAGGGUCCAAUUACGCUGGCGCAGUUCGUGCGCGAGGUGGUCGCUUACGCCGAGUCGCCGGCCAUGUUGCGGGCACGGGAAGCCCUCUGGUUCCCGCAGCGGUCGCACAAGGACAGGUUGUUCUACGCAGACUGCUACGAAGAAAAAGAGGUCAAUGUGAACGGCCUGAGCGAGGGGGAAUGGUGGCUCAUUGGCAUCACGGACAUCGCGGGCUUCACAGAAGAGACGUGGUCAAAAGAGUUGGAAGAACAAGCUCGACGAGUACAGAGCUCCAGGGGCGAUUGA